ACAGUAGCAGACGACACCAUCGCGGAUCUCAACGCAGUGAUGAUUUUCUGCCCUUACAAGAACACAGUCAUGUGCUGGAAUAGUGAAAUGGGAACGAUCUUGUUUUCGUGUCUUGUCAACAAUUUAUGAGCUAUUUUUUGCUUGUUUGUUUAUUUAUUCUUAAGUCGCAAAUACCGACAAUAUGACAUCCGGCAAACAUGACUGCCCUCAAUAACGAAAGCUGUUAAGCGACCUUUGAGCUUAUAGAGCAGCUGCUAAACUGAGAAUACACAAUGUCCAGUCUCGUAAAAGUGUUGGAGAGUUAUCGAGGGAAAGAUCGAACAAUACGACUGUUUACAUAUGCAUUUAUGUACCUUGGGGGAAAAGGAAAUACACCGCUGCAAGCAAAAUUUAGAAAGCUUUCUGCCGAGCUUGGAGCAUGUCGUGUUGUGCUGCGGUUGUUUGAUGAUUACUCGAUGCUUGCGCUUAAUUUGGCCAACUCUUUUGGGCUAAAGGAGCCAAAUUGGCUGCUGCGACCAUUUGAGGUUGUUGCCAACAUUUUAUACCAGCUGUACUACCCAGUUGAGCAUAUUGCCUGGCUGAGGGACAAGGGUGUGUUGCCAGGCAACUCCGGGGUCUUCUGGUUGCUUGGGACAAUCAUCUGGGCAGGGUCUCUUACUGCAGAAAUUAUCAAGUGUCUGAUUAAUCUGCACAUUAACAGUCUCAAGACACAGAAACUGAAGAAACAAAGAUACCUGGAGAAGACAGAAGACAGGGAAAAUAAUUCCCAGCAAGAAAAGCUGAUUGAAGAAAAUCUGGAAAAACUUAGGCUGCAGCGACGUGAUUUAAUCCUCAAUGUCAUACAAUCAGCAGCAGAUCUGACAAAUGCCAUUAGCUGGCUUCCUAAAGGAUUCCUUUGGUCCCAGAAACUUCACCCUUCAGCAAAUGGAUUGUUUGGUAUGCUAGCCACAUUAAUCAUGCUUCAUCGUAAUUGGCCAUCGAGUUAAUACAUAGUAGCUGUCAGGUGAAAUUGUUUGUAUCAAUUACAUUGUUAUCAGGAUAUUUUCUUUACCAUAGAAAAAUGUAAUACAACAGAAAUUCAGAAAUUGAGCAUUUAAAUUUUGCUGCUUAUUGUAUCAGCAUCAUUUGUGAAUCACUUCUUCUAUGAAUGGAAUAUGAGGAAGUUUUUUUUUUUGGGGUGGGGGUUGCCAUAUUGCCAUCAUGUGAUUUGUACAGUGUGUGCAGUGGUGAUGAUGCCCAGUGGUAUUUGAUGAUCAUGCUGCAGUCGUCCACAGUUUAAUUGAUUGAUAUUAAAAGGAAAGUUUUUGGUUUGAUGUUUUAUUCAAUUUUACUUAUCUGGUGUUGGGAAGGAUGAGAGGCAAGGUUGUGGUAUCUUGCUGGGCCCACAACUGAUGUUUUCAUGUCACUUUUUGUGUUAUUUUAUACAAUUUAUGAAAGGAUAUCAAAAGUAUUAUUUUAAACUACUUCAUGUUUAUUUUGAAAUGUACAUAUGGUAAAUGCGUAUCCUAUGAUGGACAAGAAGUUGAAUUGCAGCAUUUAACUGCAAAUAGGUGUUUUUUGAUUUGCUUAACAAAUGCCAUUUCUUAUUUUAACUUUGCUGAAGUCUUUAUAAAGGCAAAUAGCACACAUUGGCACAGCUAGGUGAAAAUUAGUAGUCUGCAUUGCUGAUGUGUAAUAUGCUGCUUUAUAAAUUCUUCCUUUUGAGUCACUGAUGUUAAAAUUUACCACUGGACUAAAUUUAUAUCAAUACUCGUAGCUAUGAUAGUAUAGACAGUGCUUUUUCUUUUUGAAAAUGUAGGAGGGUGCUUUUCAGAAAACUAAAUGAAAUGAGGUAUUAACAGAUUUUACAACUUAUCUUACAUUUAUCAUUUUAUUUUCCCUGUUUUAUGCUAGCAUGUGAAUGUUUUUAAAUAUAUGAACAGCAAACAAAUGUGCAUCAUAUGUGGACUGAAAAUCUUUUUCAGUGAAGAGAAGGAUUGUGAAUAUUCAUCAAUAUUAACAAUGAUCCCUUAUUACAUGAUUUAGAAAAAAGAUAAUCAUAUGUACUUGCCUGUAAUA